GGUCACUAAACUCACCCCCGCAGAGGAAGGAGGAGGGCCAAAGUGGUGUGGUGGUGAAAGGUUCUUGAUGCCGCCAUGUGCUGCCAUGGGACCAGCUUCAUGUGGCUGCUCUAUGCUCUGUUUUUGGACAGCAGUGUGUCUCUGACUGUGAGUCCCAGCAGCUCGCAGCUGUUUUCUGAUGCAUCUGUGUCUCUGAGCUGCGAGGAGGACGACAGCUCUGCUGCAUGGACGGCGAGGAGGAACACGACCACAGAGACCAGGACUUGGUGUGAGGACUGGGGAAAACCAGCUGGCUCCUCCUGUAACAUCAGCUAUAUCGCCUCAUGGGACAGCGGAGUUUACUGGUGUGAGUCCGGAGAGGGAGCAACCAGUAACACCAUCAACAUCACUGUCACUGGUGGAUCAGUGAUCCUGCAGAGUCCAGUCCUCCCUGUGAUGGAGGGAGAUAACGUGACUCUGCGCUGUCAAACAAGGACCCGUCCCUCCAACCUCACAGCUGCUUUCUAUAAAGACGGCUCGCACGUCAGGACAGAGCCUACAGGUCACAUGACCAUCCAGCACGCGUCCAGGUCUGAUGAAGGUCUCUACAUGUGUCACAUCAGCGGUCAUGGAGAGUCUCCGCCCAGCUGGAUCACUGUCACAGGGACGCCCACCAUGACACCUCCCCCGUCCUCCACUGCUGGACUCUUCUCCUCCUCUUCCUCCCCUCCUCCUCUGGUGGUGUUGUUGUCUGCUCCGCCUGCCUGUUGUUCGGUGUUACUGGUCGGACUGGUUGUGCUGGUGAGACGAUGUGUCCGGAGGAAGCCUACAGAAGACACCAUCAUCCACGUCACUGCUGUGGACAUUCAGGCUGCAGACGCUGCAGCAGCAGCAGUAGGUGCGUUAAUGGUUCUCGUACCUGUACCUGGUUUUGCAGCCAGUGAUCCGGCUGCAGUGGACUCUGUGAGCAGAACAGAAGACGUCAGUCCUGCAGCGAGCACGACGACAGGGAGGGAUCCAGUUUAUUCAGCAGUAAAAAGAAGUAAAGAGGUCACUUAUGGACAAAUAGUGAUCAGAGCAAACCGCAGCAGAGGGCUUCCAGCAGCGCCGCCGGUCAUCUACUCCUCACUGAAGUCCACGUUCACACCUUCACACCUCCACAGCAGUCCAAGCAGUGAUGUCCAGCUGCAGGUUCACUGUCCACUAACUGCUCCACAGAGGGGAUCGGUUUAAGGACGCGUCGGGGGUCUCCAGGAAACACCUCGCUCAAAACGCCCUCGCUGCUGGACUCUUAUUUAUUAGAGUUUUCUAUAUAAAAGCUUUUUGUGACAAACCUUCCACUACAUGUUUAAAAUGCCCAACAUACUCAAGAACAUGUGUGAUUAUUAAAUAUCAAUCAUGGUCGUCAGGGGAAACGCUGCAGCUUCCUGUUCGUAAGAGCCAAUCACUGACUGACUCGAUGCAGGCAGACGGCCAGCAGGUGGCAGCAGCUUCACUCUGUUCAACACAUGAUUUUCACCAGCAUAAAAUCUGAACAGGAGGUCUUCAGAAAAAUCCAUCAUCAUCAUCAUCUUCACCGCUGAGUCAGCACAAACACAUGUGACAACCUGUUCGACAGCACGUGUUCACUGCAGGUCCACCUGCUGACGGUCAGUUUGUCUGCCUGCAGGUAAACACUCACCUCAGCUCCAGCAUCAUCAGCUUCAGGUUCUGCCCAUAAACAGUCAUAACACUGAAGCCGCUUCAAACCACCUCCACACUGUUUCCCUGCUGUCAGACUGGCCUCCUUCAGCCUCGGAGGCUGUGUUCGGUCCCGGCGCUCACAGUCCAGCAAAGUCAGCCAUUAGGACUGCUAACCUUUGCUGCCAUGGUAACAGGACAUGAGGUCUGGGUGUCCGUGUGGUUUUCCCCUCGCAGUCCAAAGACAUGCAGGUUAACACCAGACUUUAGCUCACACACACACACCCUGUGGCUGUGACACACCUGUGUCCGGCCUGCUCACUUCACGUUCAGGUGCGAUGCUUUACAGGCCAUUAGUCUUAUUUUUAGUCUCUAACCAGAGAGCGAGUUUCCUGCUCGCUGCUUCAGAGAAAACCACGGCAGCGACAGCCGACAGAGAGGAAGGAGGCGGUUUCAGUCGGUGUGACUGAUAAAUGUUAAUGAGCUGACCUCAGAUGGAGGCUUCAUCUUUACAGCGGCUGCCCGGAAAACUCACCGAUACCAGUCCCCCUUCCUGCUUCGCCGCCUUCUCCUCGUCCCGUCAUGUGGUGGUGGUCUGUUUUACCUUUCUGCAGUCUGGUUCUGCUGGUUCUGCUGGUGAGGUGCUGCAUCCAGAGGAAACCUACAGAGUUUCCAGCAGAGCCAGAGGUCACACCUUCACACCUUCACACCGGUCCAGCCUGACGUCCAGCUGGCCCUUACUGGUCCUCAGUUACUGGUCAUUGGUUGAUUUUAAAUGUCAAAGCUUCGACUCCUGCAGCGACAGAGAGACAGCUCAUGUUGAGAACGUGUGUCUUGAAAUGGUUUUAAGUCACCUGCAGUUAUUUUCGCUCCACUUUCCUCUCAUUAGAAUCUCAUUCAGACGUUUCUGUUGAAUCUAACGAGACUUUUCAGCUGCUGUGUGGUUAAAGUGAUCAGCUUCACAUCCUUCAUAUCACCUUCAUGAUUUGUGGACUGUUUCUCUGCAGGAUCAAUAAACCUGA